AUGCUGGUACAUUGAGUCACUCACCUCGUAGCUGAAACUCUGCAUUGUCUUCAAUCAAAAUGGCUGCUAGUACUUCGGAAUCCCGAAACCCCUCCUCCUCUUCUUCGAAUCCCGAACUCAUCAAAGGUAGAUACGACAUUUUCUUGAGCUUCAGGGGCUUAGACACCCGCAAAAAGUUCACCGAUUUCCUCUAUCACGCUUUGAUGCACGAGGGGUUCCAAACAUUCAGAGACGAUGACGAGAUCGAGAGGGGUCAUGUUAUCAAACCCGAGUUGCAGAAAGCAAUCAUGAAUUCCAAGAUGUCAGUGAUCGUGUUGUCGGAAAAUUACGCCAAUUUGACGGCUUGCCUGUUUGAACUCCAGACAAUUCUCCAACUCUGUAAGAAGUCGGAUCAUUUUGCUUUGCCCGUGUUUUACGAGGUGGAUCCAGGGUGCAUUAAGGAGCAGUCGAAAAAUCAUGAUUUUGGGAAAAAGGAGGUGACGAUUGAGAAAGUGAAGGGAUGGAGAGCGGCGCUUAAAGAGGUUGCCAGUAUGGUUGGGAUGGUUUCCCAAAAUCAAUCUGAUGGGUAUGAAGCCAAGUUCGUUGAGAAAAUUGUUGUUGUGCUCAAAAGAAAGCUAGCUGACAAGCACAUGAGGCUGAGCGACCACCUAGUAAGUAUGGAUUCGCGAACAAAAAAAGUUAAUUCGUGGCUAAACGAUACGUCGUCCAAGGUUGGCAUUCUUUUGAUAUCUGGAAUGGGUGGAAUAGGGAAGACAACGAUUGCUAAAGUUGUUUUCAAUUCAAACCAUCGUGGAUAUGAUGCUGCAUGUUUUCUCCAAAAUAUUAUUGAAUCUGCCAAAGGACACAAUGGGUUAGUUUGUUUGCAAAGACAACUUCUUUCAACUAUAUUAGGGAAAGAAGAGCGCAAAGUGAACGACAUUGAUGAUGGUUGUAGGAGGAUGGAAUAUGUCUUAACCAACAAAAGAGUUCUUCUUGUCCUUGAUGACGUGGAUCAAAUGGACCAACUAUCUGCAUUAGCUGGCCAACCAGAUUGGUUUACGCCAGGAAGUAAAAUCAUCAUAACCACUAGGCUCGAGAGCUUGAUGACUGCUGACGAAUUAUAUGAAGUGUAUAAGCCUGAAAAAUUGUCCACUGAUGACUCACUGGAGCUUUUUAGUUGGCAUGCUUUUGGACAAAAACAUCCUAUUCAAGGUCACAUGGACUUAAUUAUCAAAAAGGUUUGUGCACCAUUGUGAUGGGCUUCCCUUGGCCCUUGAAGUGUUGGGCUCUUCUGUACGACGAAAAAAUAUAGAUGUAUGGGAAAGUGAGUUACAGAAAUUGGAAGCAAUUUCUGAUAGCCCAAUUCUGAAAAAACUUGAAACAAGUUUUGAUUCUCUAAAAGAUAACCAUGAUAAAAAUAUGUUCCUUGAGAUAGCUUGUUUCUUUGCUGGAAAGAAGAAAAAUGACACAAUCGCAAUACUAGGAGUAUGUGAUUAUUUUGCACUUGCUGGAAUUCAUAAUCUGGUGAAUAGAAAUCUCCUAACAGUUGAAAAUGAGAAGCUGGGAAUGCAUCAGUUACUUCAGGACAUGGGAAAGCAAAUUGUUGACCGAGAAUCGAAGUAUCCGGAGGAGCGUAGCAGAAUCUGGCGCCAUACAGAGUCCUUUCGCAUUUUGUUUGAACAACUUGGUACGAAAAAAAUUGAAGGCCUCAUACUUGAUAUGAACAUGUUGAGGAAGUCAAACAUGGUUGUCUUUGAAGCUAAUUCAUUUGACAAGAUAUACAAUUUGAGACUACUCAAGCUUAGUGGUGUAGAAUUCUCUGGAACUUAUCAAGCAUUUCCCAAAAGAUUAGGAUGGUUGUACUGGCGUGGUUUUACUUCAGAAUACUUCCCCAAUGAUUUUCCUCUGGGGAACUUGGUCAAUCUUGACUUGCGUUAUAGCAACUUAAAACAAGUUUGGAAUGGAACUAAGGUAAGAUACUCUCUUUUGCUUCUCCUUUUUUGAUUUUAUAACGAGUUCAAUUAUUAACUUGUGUGAGAAAAUCACCUUUUAAACUUGUGUGGCACCAUGUUUCUUUGUUGAGUGGGCUCUUGGAUUGUUGAAGAUUUUAAAUCUCAGUCACUCCCCUAGACUUGCAAAAACUCCAGACUUCUCAAGAAUCCCCAACUUAGAGAAAUUGAUUCUCAAAGCUUGUCCAAGUUUGUUCGAGGUCGAUGAAUCUAUCGUAAAACUACAGAGAAUAGAGUCAUUGAAUCUUCGGGAUUGCAAAAAUCUGAGAAAGCUUCCUAGGAAUAUCAAUACGGUAGAAUCUUUGGUGGAAAUAAACAUUUCCGGUUGCUCAAAUCUCAUGGGGGCAAUAGAGGAGCUGGAGAAUAUGAAAUCACUGCGAGUCCUUCAUGCUAGCAGAAUGGAUAUAGAUCGUUUCCUCACAAGGGAGGUCGUGCCGCAAGGAUUUAUUUGGCCUUGGGUUCCAAAACCGAGGAUACAAAUGUCGUUAGCUUCAUUACCAAGCUCUCUAACACAUCUAAAUCUUUGUCAAUGCAAUCUCACUGAGAAUGCAUUUCCCGGGGAUUUUAGUAAGCUUUGCAAGUUGCAGCAAUUAUUUCUAGGUGGAAAUCCUGUUACAAGCCUACCAAAAGCCAUUAAAGAUCUUACAGGGCUCCAGAAGCUGGAUUUAUCAUGGUCUCCAAAGCUCCAGCAUAUUCAUUUUCCACCAAUUGGUUUGGAGGAACUGGUUGUUACAGAGUGCCGAGCAUUGGAGAAAAUAACGUACGAGCCUUCGGCCGGUAUAAAGAGUAUCUCGCAUGGUGCUUGCAUGAGUUUAGAUUACGUUCAGCAUGGUUUCAAGAUCUUACCUGUCAAAAAAGUCGAUGUGGAACUCAUCAACAAAAUUGGAUUCUUCAACUUGGAAUCCAUGGCAAAUCUUGAGGCGUUCAUUGUUAACACUAUUGUAUGGAGUAGAAAGAAGUGUCCCAUCCAGAUACUGCAAGAAGGUCCAACAUUCAGCACAUAUUUCCUGGGAGAGAAGUUCCACACUGGUUUAGCAACAGGAACCGCGGAUCCACUGUAUCUGUAACUAUGACUUCAUCGUCUCCUCAUUGCGGUAUUCCAGGCUUGAAUCUUUGUUUGGUAUAUACACUUCCUGGCGACCUGGAUUGGUUGCCAAAACCUAUAGAAGUUGAAGUAAGUAACAAGAGCCGUGGAAUGAAGAGGGUCUAUACACCAAGGUGCUAUGCUAUUCCAAAAGCAGGUGGAGAUAUGGUGUGGUUAAGCCAUUGGCUACCUGGAUGGACGAUUUUUGAAGAGGGCGAUGAACUGCAAGUUUUGUUCAAUUUGAAAGUUGAUGGACAAAUUAAGGAGUGCGGAGCCCAGAUUUUGUAUUUCAGCAAAGAUGAGAUGGACAAAUACUUCAGAACGAUAUACCAUUCAUGGGAUUCAAAGAUGUUUCGGGUCGUGGCUUUGGAAGAAGCAACAGCAGCAACAGAAGCAGAAGCAGAAGCAGAAACAGAAACAGAAACAGAAGGAGAAGGAGGAGGAGGAGGAGGAGAAGCAACAUCUGAAGAUGCAGAAGGAGGAGGAGACAAAAGUGAAGUUACAACUUUAAUUGACAAUGGUAUACGAGCACCGAAGUAGUUUACUAAGUACAUAGUAGGAUUCAAUUUACUUCAACCAUGAAUUGAUUUGUUUCCUUGUGUUAAGGAGACCAAGGCCCAAUUGACUUGUGACAUAUACAGAGUAAAGAAGCCAGGG